AUGCACUCUCAAGAACCAAAGAAAUCGCAAAGAAAAGUAUACAUACCAAUAAAAAUCCAAACGAACGCUAUAAAAAACGAUGAUAUCGCCAUCAAUGCGAGUUACAUUAGCAUCGAAGAUCUGACCAGUGAGGAGGACAGAAGAAGAGCUAGAGAGAGAGCCAAGAACACGGAAGUGAGAUAUCUGGAGAGUAUUAGGAACAAAAUUAAAUCUUUUUAUUCAUGCAACAGAGAUCAUUGUCCUGCUAUCAGGGAACGUUUGCAACAUCACCUAUUGGAAUAUCACUCUAGCAUCCCGCUCCAAGGACAGAGUCAAACGGUAACAAUAUCUCCGAAACCUUCAAUUCUGAAACGUACAGUCAAUCAAAAACUUACUGAACAUGAGUCUAUUCAAACAAUUCCAUUAGAGGACCUCAAAGAUACUACACAAAAUAAUAUCAUAGGACUGUUCAAUAGUGACGACCAUACCAACCAUGAUAACUUAGAAAGUACUACUGAAUGUAAACCUAUAAAAAACAAAAUAUCAUUUAUAAACAGACACUGUGUCAUGAAAAAUGACUUACAAGAUGAAAUCAUGAAAUGGUACAAAGAUAUACCUUUAUAUGCAAAUGUAAGCUUAUCUGUGGAGAACUUAAGACAGCAAUUAAUAAUUGAAUUCAUUGAAAAGCUUUAUGAACAUACUAAUAAAGAAAAUAAUGAAGACGAUUAUGAAAAUAUAAUAAAAAGAGAAAUCGAUGACUUUCUAAAUGCACUACCGAUGUGGUGUCCAGGGACUAGAGAAAGUCAAGAAUUGUUAAAAGAUAAAAUGAAAAAUGAUCUAAUGAUCUCAAUUAAAAAUCUACGUAGUAAACUUUAUUAUUUGACUGUGAGCUUUCAAACAGAUGGGCCCGUAGAAUCAAAGCCGUACACAAUCGCUUCAAAUGACUUUCAAAAUGAAAACAUUAAUAAACAGUUUGAAAAUGAAAUUACUGACUGGCUCAUGCAAAUCAAAUUUAAGGAAAGCGAUGAUAUUGGAAAGACUAUGAGUUUACUAGAUACAGCAGAUAUUUUUUAUAGAAGAUUAUUGCCCUUCUUAAAUAAAUCUGCGUGCACAAGACACCAUAAACUAGUAUUAAAAAGUCUUAUAUUAAAUACCUUAUAUAGUUUGCCCAACAUUUUUCAAUAUCCAAAGAAUAAAAGACUUUACUUUAAUCGCUUAGCAGAAGAAUUAACGAAUAGACUUGUGUACAUUCAAGUAAAAUACAUGAAUUCAAAUAGUUGCUGUGAUUAUCCUAAAGACAGAAAUAUUAUUAGAGUGACAGUUAAUAGCAACUCUGAUGAUAAAAGAUCAUCAUUUGAAGGUUUGGAUUCUAAUAUCAGCAAUAUUAAUUUCCAUCCACACUCGAGUGUCUUUGAAGAUGUCGCUGAAAUUUUAUUUGACUAUAUUGAAUCAAUUAGCUUUGAAAAUGCUCAAACGAGUAAUGAAGCAAAUAAUGAUAAUUCUAAGAAAAUUGAAGCAAUAAAAGAUGCCAUUGUUAGAGAUGUUACAAAAGAUAUCUUACAAAAUGCACAAUAUUCGAAUAUUGCUACCAAUACGUCUUUUAUUAUUAGUCCAAUAUCAGUUUUUAAAUCUGAACAAGAUUUAUUUGGGCAGUCAAACUUUCCUGUAACCUCUACACCAAAACGAAUAAGAACUAAAAAGGAAAUUAUUAAACAAAAUCCUGAAGAAAUAGCUUACACAAAAAGCGUUUCAGAAAUAGUUCAGACUUGGAUGGAAACUCUUCCCAAAAAUUUUAAUGAUGAUAAAAAAUUUAAAGAUAUCGUUAUCUCAGACUUAGUGGGAGAUAUUGUAGAUCAAAUAAAAAUGCAGCAAUUAGUCCCCGUCGAUGAAUUGGAUAAUAAUAAGUUAAUGUAUUAUAUAAUAUUUAGAUGGCUUUACAGGUUUGAUAUAUUUGAAGAUGAGUUAUCCGAAGAUAUUCCUCAAAUCAAAGACCUUCAAAAGCAAUUGAGACAAAUAUCAAUUCCAAACUUAAUAAGACCCCGACACGGAAAUCGACAAAUAAUGGCUAAUACAAAAUUUAAAGAAUUGGAAAACGAGUUCUUUGUCCCCUCAGGAAUGGAUGUUUUAGAAGAUGAAAUAUCUAUAUGGAUGAAUGAACAACCCUCGCAUAUCUAUUCAACAGAAGACAAAGCUGGUCGCGAUUUAAUGGUAAAAGAAUUAGCAAAAUCAUUACAAAGUCAUUUGGUCAAAAAAAGUGAAGAAAAAGAAAUAAAGACGGACAUAAAUAUAUGGUUAAAAAAGGUCUUAAAUUCAUCAGCUAAAAAAGAUAUUGAUAACCUAACAGAAACCCUUAAAAAUAGAAUUAUUAAACUACCUCAAGAUGACACAUUAGCAAAGAUUCUUGAAGUCAAAAUACAAAGGAAGUUACAAUCUGAGGCAACUCGUCUGAAUCCCGUACAGGUAUCAAUAGCAAAUGAAAUUGCUGUUGCUCAACCAAAUAUUGAUACAGAUGAAACAAUAAAAGAGUUUAUCACAAAAUAUAUAGAACAUAACUAUGAUAUCGAUGACACUGUAGCAAGAGCAGCUUUUGGUGAAUUGUUAAAAAGUGAAAUUCGAAAAUUAAGUCCUCCGACUAGACAAGAAGUAUACGACAAUUUUACUAAGCCAUACGAUAAACUAUCUCCAGAUAGACUCGAUAAAGAAUUGCAGUAUAUAAAAAUUGUUUCAGACUGGCUAAAAAAUAUUCCAAUCGAAAAUUCAUUUAACACUCCACAUAACAAAAAACGGAUUGAAAUUGUUAAUGAUGUAGCAAGAAACAUUUAUGAGGUUGAAGAAGAACGAAGUCGUGCACCAACAGCUAUGGAUUAUGAGAUGUACUUAGCUUCCAUCAUAAGCCAGUUCACAAAUAUAUUACCUAUACCUCUUGAACAUAGAGGACAAGUCAUGUUUAUGAUUGACGAAUUGAUCCGUAAAGUUUUAUCUGUCAGAACCCCGAUAACAUGUUGUUCAAAUACAAAUCAUUUGAAUUCCACGAAUACCUCUGGAAUUCCCGAAAACGAUAUAUGUGAACUAAUCCACAGUUACAUUCAUUCAAAAUCUACUGAACUCUCUGAUGAUCAAAUGAAACUUGACGCGUGGUCUGCUCGGUUGAUGAAAGAAGUGAAAAAAAUUGUGCAAAGUACAGCGGACCCAUCGACAUUGUGUAAAGCGCAAGUGUAUGAUAAAUUGCUAGCUACACCUACACCAGGACACGAAUCUGUGAGAAUUUUUUCUUUAGAACUAGAUUACGUAAAGGAAAUAUCAGAUUGGUUAAAAAAUUUACCUUUGCUUCCAUUACAAUCUCAAGAAACAAACGAAAAGAAAAUAAAAAUGAUAAUUGAACUAGCCGAAAAAUUUUCUGAAUGGGAGAAACGAAUGUUAAUAAAUUCAUCUGAUCAUCCAAACAAUUUAGAAGUUAAUGAGUAUGUCACAUCUUGGAUAAGAAGGCUACCUUUAAAUUCAAAUAAACAACUUGAUAUGCCAAUUUUGAUAUCACAGCUUUUAAAAAGAAUAGAGAAAAUUAAUAAAGGUUCAAUAGAUGCUAUUUUUCAGCCAAAUAUAUCAGAAAGUUACACUUCAUCGAAGAAAAGUAAAUCCACAUUAAAUAAGAAGCGAUCAAAAAAUAAAAAAUGUGUGUCGCCUUGCUGUAGUUCUGGUAAAGGUACAGUAGGAAAAGUUAUUGUUGAUGCAAUAGAAAACUGGAGCAAAAAUCUUCCUAUCAAGAGUGAUAGUAAAGAUGCUGAUAUGAGCAUUAAAGAUGAUAUCGCUAGAAAACUAUAUCAGAAAAUUGGUGAUCUUAGUGUUGACCCCCAAGUUAUAAAAGAUAAUGAUUUAUUUCAAGAACUGUUCGCAGAUGAAGUCGACUUACAACUAAGCAAAAUAACUCAACACCAAGACGUCCAGAAAAAGUAUAAUGUAUUGAAAAAUGAAUUAAUCGAUAAAGUAAUGGAAGGGAAAAGCAUUGUUGAAGAGGCUUUUGCUGGCGAAAAUUAUAAGCUGCAACUAGAAAAUACGAUAGAAUGUUCAUUACCUAAUCCUAAAAUAAACAAUAAUCAAUGGUACGAUCCUACAUUCGAAAUAUAUAAAAACCGUUUAGCCGACAAGUUUAUAUUGGACAAUUUCGAUCAUGGUAAUGACGCUGUAAAAAGUAAAUACGAUAGAAAAAUAAGAGAAGAAAUAGAUAAAUACUUUCAGAGUGUACAAAAUCGUAACGCUAUACCUUUGAGCAAGGGUGAAAUAUAUAACGAAUUAUAUAGCGCUCUUUUCAAAGUCCCCAUUCCCAAUGAAGCAUCCGCAAUAGCAGAAGUGGAAGAAGUAAAAACUAGAUGUGAGAUAGAUUUAUGGUUUGAAGGUUUACCGCUUCGUGAUGCAAUAGAUUUAAAUGAGCUCUUAGAAUGGGAUAAAAUAUUAACGAUGCUAACCAAAAGAUUAUAUGAAAUUGAAAAGUUUGAUAAAGAUCGUGACGAUAAAAUGCACAAAGAAAUAGUUAAAUGGGUUGUUAGAUUUCCCUUACUUCAAGGUCAAGAGAUUAAUAUUGACAAGUUCGCAAAUGAUUUACAAAAUCGACUAAAGGUAUCAAAAGAAAAUAGAAGAUGUGUAACUAGAUUUUCGAAAGGAAAACAACUAACAAAAAAUAAAAAGCCCAAGGAGUCGCCUCGAAAUAUAAAUCAAAUAGCAGGACCAAGCAAUGAGGGUCAGAACUGGAUCAGUCCUACUUCAAAUUCACAAUCACAUUGUCAACUCUCUUCAGAACCUCAGAAAAAACCAACAGAACUUGUAUUAGAAAUUGUUGAGCAAUGGUGUAAUCUACUACCUCUUCCUCAUGUUACUCCUCAGGAUGGAAUUAAUAAUAAAAUUAUAAAAGACAACUUGUUUACUCAAAUUAUUAUAAAAAUAUGUACACUUAAUGGUAAUCCACAAACUUUUAAUGAUGAUAUAUUAUAUGAAUAUUGUAUGGAUGGUGAACUUGAAAAUUUAUUGUCUAAAGUACCCAUUUGUUGUAAUUUUGAUAAUGUCAAAAAUUCACUAAUACCUCAAUUAAUAAAAGGAAUCAUAUCAAUUUUACCAUUAAUGAGAGAAGAAAAAGCCUGUUAUGAAUAUAAAAAUGAAUUAAAAACUACCAUUAAUCAUGUUUUACAAGAACCAUUGAACACAACAGCUGAGAAAAUAGCAAUGUUCAAUAAACUUAAAGAUGAAAUUAUAGAUAAUUAUGUGCAAUACCAUUAUAAUCGUGAGGAUGAUGAUCUUAAACAAAUUUAUAAAGAUAAUCUACACGAAGUCGUGGAAAAAUAUUUGCAAAAUAUUAGAAACAAAUCAGAUUACUAUUCAGUUAAUCCAUUAAUGAAAGAAAAUCAAUUAAUAUGUGAAUUAGCUAAAGUUCCUAUACCCUGUGAAAGAGUUAUUAAAGAAGAAGUAGAAGUAAUCAAAAUGAAAGAGGAGGUUAAUAAUUUCUUUGAUAGUUUGGGUCUCCCAGAAGAAUCAGAAGACAAAAUGACUCUGAGAAAUAAUAUUAAAUUCAGUUUAUCGAAGCGUCUUAAUGAUAUAGAACAGACUAAUCAAAGUAGCCAAAAUGACUCGAAAAUGAAAAAAGAAAUUCAAAGAUACUUAAAGAAAAUGGAUUUGGAAAUUGCUCCAGAGAAAAUCGAUGCUUUUGUGAAGAAAUUAAAAGAUAAUGAAGCAAUAAGAAAAGCUCCCCCUGUUACCAACAAAUCUAUUAUACAACCUUCAACAGAUAAGCUACAAUUAAUGGCUAAUUUAUAUGUACCAAACACAAUGGAAAAGUGUAGUUUUCAAGAGUGUAGUGAUGAUAGACAUAUCUUGAGUGGUGCAUCAGAAUGCCGUCACAUUGGAGAAGGCAGUCCUUUGAAUUCUUCGCCGGUAUAUAAUGAAACACAGCAACAGCAACUUUACAAUCACAUCCCGACAUCAAACCCUACAGCCGAUGCAUCUCAAAAUCAGCAACAUUCAUCAAGUCAAUCACAAAGGCAUGCACUAGGCCAGAACACCGUAAAAUUCGGCCUUAAUGAAGAUGAAGCUGAUCAUGAAGCCUGCAUAUGUGAAUUGCAAACGAAUCACAAGUUUAAAAGACGACCUCGAUGUAUUUUCCGCCUGGAAGAUUAUUGUGAAGAAUACUGUGACCAAUUCAGACACAUGUGGAUGCCAAUGCCUUAUCGAAUGCCACCUCCCGGUUAUUUUUAUUAUUAA